AUGAGGCCGGCCAUCCUGCUUACGAUCUGCACCUUGUCCGUGCUGCUGCUGGUGGCGCGCGGCUCGGAGAAGCCGUCGCCCGCGCCGGUGGUGGCCGUGGGCGUGGCGGCGGCCAGUGAUCUCAUCCGCUCCGGCGCAGGAACGGAGAAGAACACCCAGUUCAUUGCACAGGUCGCAGCAGAUUUCGACAAAGAGGACAACAUCGUUGUGGGCUGCAAAAGCGGAGUAAGGUCUGAACUAGCAUGCGCUGAUCUCAUGGCAGCUGGAUUUAGAAAUGUGAAGAACAUAGAAGGCGGUUACACCGCAUGGGUGGAAAAUGGUCUUGCUGUGAAGAAAUCUCAAGCACAAGAUGAACUAUGA